CCUACCAAAGCUCGGUGGCUGUGUGAAGUGAAUGACGUCUCUGGAAUUGUGGGCCGCCGACGCAGGGCUGGGUUUCCAUUUUCAUAGCGAGUUUCGGGGGGGAUCGUUAACAUGGAGCCGGAGAUGGAGGACAAAACGGUGGAACUGAUGUGCUCUGUGCCUCGCUCUCUCUGGCUGGGCUGCUCCUCGGUGGCUGAGAGUUUGUGUGCACUCAGGUGCCUGCAGAGCAUCCCCUCCACCCGGGCUCACAACCAGAACACAUCAGGGAUGGAAUCGCAGACCCCCGUGGAUGAUCUGUCACCAAAGAAGAACACUGUUCUCAAAUUUACUAAUGGCCCUGUCGUGAGUUCGCGUAAACGUCCGUCAGAAGGGAACUAUGAGAAAGAAAAGGAACACUGCAUCGCCCUCUUUGACCAGUGGUCUGAGGCCGACCAGGUGGAGUUUGUAGAGCGUCUGAUUUCCCGUAUGUGCCACUACCAGCACGGCCACAUCAACUCCUACCUCAAACCCAUGCUGCAGAGGGACUUCAUCACUGCAUUGCCAGCUCAAGGUUUGGAUCACAUAGCAGAGAACAUCCUGUCUUUUUUGGAUGCACGCUCCUUGUGUGCUGCAGAACUAGUGUGUAAAGAGUGGCAGAGAGUCAUAUCGGAAGGUAUGCUGUGGAAGAAGCUCAUUGAACGUAUGGUCCGGACCGACCCGCUAUGGAAAGGCCUGUCUGAGAGACACCAGUGGGAGAAAUACCUUUUCAAAAAUCGCACAGCAGAAAUCCCGCCUAACUCCUACUAUCACUCCCUUUAUCCUAAGAUCAUCCAAGACAUAGAGACUAUUGAGGCAAAUUGGCGGUGUGGCAGACACAACUUGCAGAGGAUUCAGUGUCGCUCAGAAAACAGUAAAGGGGUUUACUGUCUCCAAUAUGAUGAUGAGAAGAUCAUCAGUGGCCUUAGGGACAACUCUAUCAAGAUCUGGGACAAGCAGACGCUGGAAUGUCUGAAGAUAUUGACGGGUCACACAGGCUCAGUGCUGUGUCUUCAGUAUGAUGAGAGGGUCAUUGUCACCGGCUCGUCUGACUCAACUGUCAGGGUGUGGGAGGUGACCACAGGUGAGGUACUGAACACGCUGAUCCAUCACAACGAGGCAGUUCUUCACCUGCGCUUCGCAAACGGGCUGAUGGUCACAUGCUCCAAAGACCGCUCCAUUGCUGUUUGGGACAUGGCAUCGCCAACAGACAUCAGCUUACGUCGCGUCCUUGUGGGACACCGCGCUGCUGUCAACGUGGUGGACUUUGAUGACAAAUAUAUAGUGUCUGCCUCAGGGGACCGUACUAUCAAAGUAUGGAGCACCAGCACAUGUGAGUUUGUGCGGACUUUAAAUGGUCAUAAGCGGGGCAUCGCCUGUCUACAGUACAGAGAUCGUUUGGUCGUCAGCGGCUCAUCUGAUAACACAAUCCGGUUAUGGGACAUAGAGUGCGGAGCAUGUUUGCGAGUGCUAGAAGGCCACGAGGAGCUGGUGCGCUGCAUUCGCUUCGACAACAAAAGGAUCGUCAGCGGCGCUUAUGACGGGAAGAUAAAGGUGUGGGACCUGCAGGCAGCUCUGGACCCUCGUGCCCCUGCCAGCACUUUAUGUCUGCGCACACUUGUGGAGCAUUCUGGCCGCGUGUUCCGCUUGCAGUUCGAUGAGUUUCAGAUCAUCAGCAGUUCUCAUGACGACACCAUUCUGAUCUGGGACUUCCUGAACGUCUCAGCUAAUGGCCAGUCAGAGGGACGGUCUCCUUCACGCACCUACACGUACAUAUCUAGAUAGCAGGUGGCGCCACUUGACACAUCCAUUCUUGGAGGAAGCCCAAGGCUGAUUGGUUGAUGGGUGCACACCUCGUGCAAAGGAGCCCAUGUUUCUUUUCCUGCCUCCUUCAUCUCUGUCCAUCUUCCACUCAGCCCCCCUCCACCUCCUUGCCUGUUCUGACAGACUCUUAAGCUUGUGCCCAUUGCCCGAUAGUACAGUCAACACUGACGAGGAGUCCCUACUACAAGAACCAACUCAGCUCUCUGGAGAAGUUCACCUUCUGCAACUAAUUUAUGUUUUGUAAAUUACAAUAAUGACAGUAUUAACGUAGACCUUAUAUAUGUCACAAGCGCCCCUCUUUUGCCCCUGAUAAAACCUAAAAGCUGCUUCUGCUACUCGGGUUUUUACCCCUGCUCCUGCCAAAAAGGUUUCCACUCCAGUGGAAUAUAUAUUUCUAUAUAUAUUACACAGACACAUGCAUACACAGUGGCACAGUUGGGCAGAGGAUGACCAGAGCUGUUACACGGGAGACAGAGACUCUACUCAGCACUAGGAUAGAAGGGAAGGGAUGGGUGAUGGAAGGAGUGAGUGAAGGAGAGCUUCCCUUUCACUCCUUCCUGCUCCUCCCUGCCUCUCUUCUUAUCCAUUCCUAUUUGCUCGCCCUCUCCAACCCCCUCCUCCCCAGAGAUGCACAUUUGCUUGGACUAGGAGGGUGCACACACCUGGGUGUGCUUGUCUGUGUGGACUGGUUAAAAAAAAUGGCAGAACAAAGCAGAAGCGUCAAACAUGCAUGUGAGGUUGCCUGGGAUACCGCAUCCUGGUACACCUCUGCUUUUUUUUCUCUUUAAUGCUUACUUUCUUACUGUUUUUUUUUUUUUUUAAAUUCUAUUUUCUAAUUUUAUUUGAGUAUUUUUGGUUCUUAGUGCAAAAAUCAUACUAGACAUAGUCUUCUCUCGUCCCCUUCUUUGUCUCUCUUACUGUCUGUUUCCUUCUUUUCUUCAUCUGUCCCUUUCACAUCAUCUUCCUCCCAUCAUCUAUGUGCUUGCUUUGGUUAUGAGAGAAGCUGGAAUUCAAGAGCUCAAUUUUAGCUGUAAACUGAGUUGUCUUGUCAAAAAUUGUGUUGUAUAUUAAAAUGAUUUUUUAAAGAAGAAAAAUGACCUUAUUGUGAAUAAAGUACUUGACAGUGGUGGAGUGUUGAGCCAACUAUAA